AUAAUUUCGUACUUUCAAGUUAACACAGAUUCCCGAACGUUGGUCGGUUGUAGUUCUGAGUAACGUGUAUGUUAUGAUGUUGUAUGUGGUGUGUUACAGAACAGAUUUUGAGGUAAACAAUCUCCACUUCGAAGGUUUCUCUUUGGAGGCUUGUCGGCGGUAUGGAUUUGAUCUGAACCAUGGUCACAAUAUUGACUUCAUGAAAAUGGAGAUAAAGAAUACAGGUGGCUAUGGAAUCCAUUGUUCUGGAGACUGUCGGUACGUGACCGUGUCUUCGUGUGAGAUACAUCACACCUGUGGAGGAAUUUCAAUCACAGGUGGUGAUCGAAAGACACUAUCUCCAUCUGGCAAUCUGAUACAGGACAACCAUAUCUGGCAGUAUGCACGUGUCGGGGGCGUCGGAUACAACGCCAUCAGCCCCGGAGGAGUUGGGAUAUCCAUGCGCUACAACCACAUCCACGACGGCCAGUACACGGGAAUCAGAUGGGCGGGCAAUGAUCACGUGAUGGAAUACAACCAUGUACAUCACGUGUGUGUCAACUCCAGUGACUGCGGGGCCAUCCACGCCGGGAGAGACUGGACCAUGCGAGGCAACGUCAUCCGCUACAACCACAUCCACCACAAUCUGAGAUACGUCCCCGGAGCCCAGGUCCGAGGCAUCAUGCUGGACGACGAGUACUCCAGCGUCAACAUAGAACACAACGUCUUCUACGAUAAUGAGGUUCACACCAACAUCGGCGGAGGCCGUGACAACAUCAUCCGCUACAAUGUCUUCUACAACGCCACUGCCGAUUCCAUACAAGUUGACGGCAGGGGACUGCACCAUUCCAACGAAGCUGAACUGAUGCAGCAUCUCAAGGCUGUGCCUUACACCAGCCCCCUGUGGACCAGCAGAUACCCUAAACUGGCGAACAUAACGAACCCUCUUCAACCAGCAGGCAACGACAUAUCAAAUAACAUAUUUUACAACGUACGUGGUGUCCCUAGCAUAUACUACUCUCAGACAGGCAUAGAAAAACCAGAGUACUUCAACGUGAGGAAUAACCACAAGUCUGUUUCACCAACGGACUUCUGGUCUCGUGAUGACGGCGACUUCCGGGUCAGAUGUCAGGCGCAAGAGUGGGCCAAUGCCAUCAAUUUCCCCCAGCCUCCCGAUGUAAACCACGUGGGACCACGCUACCCUACAGGACCCCUGCACAUGCAGCAACCCAGACAGACUCACAAGUCCCCAGCCCAACCUGCUGCAUGUGCCGGAACCGUCGCCCCAGCAACGAAGACACCACAGACGCCAUACAUCUCAGACGGCUCCGGGCCAAAUACACUCUACCCAAAUAUCCAGAAACAAGGUUGCUGGCUGAUCAUCACCGGCUGCCCCCUCCACCCCGUCAGCGGCACACAGCGGGACGUGUGGGGGGAGCAGCAUGAGCAGACUGGGGUGAAGGAGGAGAACUGUCUGAAGAGGGCAGCAAAUGAGUGGAGGUACUGUGGCUCACCUGACAAGGAAACUGUGACUGCAGUCUUCGGUCCAACAGGCGCCAUGACAAUUGCUGGAAAACACUGCUACUUCGCCGACUACGGGUGUGUCAAACAUGGCGGCGCCCACCCUGGGAGGCUGGAGGUUGAUGGCUACGGGGAGGCUCACGGAGGACUCACAGACGAGGAGAAGUGUUUGGGCAGAGCUAAUGUCCAGUGGACGUGGUGUGGGGCUGACCCUGCCCACCCCUACACAAGCAUCUAUGGCCCAACAGGUGCUACGAGACAUGUAGGAGGCGGAUGCUGGAUCAAGAUCUCGACCUGUCCUUCAGACAACAAACUGACCGGCUUCUUCUACGACGCAUGGGGAGCCACCAACCUUGACACAGAUCAUGACUCCAGCGAGUGCUUGGCCAGGGCUGACUACUUCUGGCAACAUUGUGGGUCACAUCGAGACCACCCCAUCACAGCCUACUACAAACCCAAGGCAAUCUCUAGGACUUCGCCCUGAGAAAAUGUAUAAUUCGAAAUUGAAGAUAUUUCUGAACAUUUAUUUAUGAUAACCUUGUCAAGAGUUAUCGGCCGUUGUUUGUCGUUGUGUUAAUUAAGUUAAAUUUUUCAGCUCUUAAAAAAACAUGUCGAUACAUCCCUCAAAGAAGAAAAAUCUAUUAACAUAUUGGGAGUGGGAAGACAAUCAGUAUACACUUAACUGAAUAAAACUGAAUAUUUGAGCAA